AUGUCCGUAAAAAACUUGAGAAAGAGUGUCCUCAUCACCGGGUGCUCACCAGGAGGAAUUGGUCAUGCUCUUGCACGAGAAUUUCACGCCAAAGGCUUGCAUGUCAUAGCAACGGCACGAACUAGGGAAGCUAUCCAAGACCUCGAGGCGCUGGGCAUGUCGACUCUCGGUCUGGAUGUUACGAGCCAAGAGAGUAUUGCGGAUGCGAGAUUGCAAGUUGAGAAGUUGACGGGUGGGAAGCUGGAUAUUCUCGUGAAUAAUGCAGGACGUAAUUGUACCAUGCCCGCCCUUGAAGUCGAUAUCGACGAUGCUCGCGGCUGCUUUGAAACCAACCUCUUCUCCGUAAUAGCUAUCACCCAAUCCUUCAUCCCCCUCCUCAUCGCCUCCAAAGGUCUAAUCCUCAACAUCGGCUCCGUAGCCGCCAUAAUCCCCUACGUCUUCGGAUCUGUCUACAAUGCUUCCAAAGCUGCCUUACACUCUUACUCGCAAACCUUACGUCUCGAACUCGAACCUUUCGAUGUGAGGGUCCUUGUUGUGGUAACGGGCGGCGUACAGAGUCGCAUUGCGAGGACCGACAGAGUGCUUGGAAAGGAUAGUUUGUAUCUGGAUAUCAGUGCAGAUUUUCAGAGGAGGGUUAAGCAUAGUCAAGAUGGGGCAAUGAAGGCGGACGAUUAUGCGAGGGGUGUAGUUAGGGAGGCGUUGAAGCCGAGCUGGAGACAGAAGAAGUGGCUCUGGAGAGGGAAUAAGAGUACACUGAUUUGGUUUGUUUAUACGUGGCUUGGGAGCUGGAUUUUUGAUAGGGUUUUACCGAGGAUGUUUGGAUUAGAUAGGUUGGCGAGGAUUGUGAGAGGGAGGAAGGCAUGA